AUGUCAGAAGCAGCAGCACAAAAGGCGGCUUUCCUGGGAGGACUUGUUGUCUCUUUCAAGGAGCAGAUGCACACUGAUGUUCUCGUUCAUCCUGGUGAUCAAUCUCCUCCCAUUCCUACACACAAGGCCCUCCUCUCUGCCAGAUCUAAGGUCUUCAGGAACAUGCUAGACUCCGAUGAAUGCAAGGCCUCUGCCGAGAAUUCAAUCACUCUCCCCGAUUUGAACCACGACGAGCUCUACUCUCUUCUCGAGUUCCUCUACUGCGGCAACUUGAUUGCUCCUUACAAUCAAUACCGAGCCCUCUAUCUCGCUGCCGACAAAUUAGACAUUCCCUAUCUCCAAGACGUAUGCCGCAACCAUUUCAUUGCAUCUCUCACCUCCAGGAACGUUCUUGACAUCCUCGAGCUCGCCAGCAUUCCUUCUGACACCAUCUUGAAAGCCGCUGCCAUCAACCAUGUGGUUAAACAUAUGGAAGAAGUGGUUGUUCCCAUGAAAUACGAGACCUUUGUGCAGAGGAACCCCAAUCUAGGAGUGGAGAUCACUAGAGCUUAUCUAAGAGAGACCAAACCUCUAACCAAAGACAACAGAUCAGCUUCUUGUGUUCGCACUCACUCUCGCAUGUACUGA